AAUGACCUACAUGGAGUUUCAAUCCCUCCCCAACUUCCGUUCCGUGGUACCAGAGAAGCUGUACCGCAGCUCAAAUGUUGACAACGUCACACAAAAAGACGCCGACCAACUGUCACGUCUGGGCAUCAAAACCAUCCUCGACCUGCGCUCCAUGGCAGAAUUCGACGAAUCCAGCGCCCCUAGGCUACUGGAUAACACAUUUCAGGUUGUUUCGGUGGAGGUACAACAGCGCAAACCUCAGCCACCAGAGCUCCAUUUUAAAGCCAACAAGGCGGGGCCACGCCAAGACAAGAGGCACUACUUUGUCAGCUGCUACGACAGACAGUAUUUUACGGGAGCGCUACAGCGAAGGCCCUGGUACCAAAAGAUCUACAUCAUUAUCACUAUGAUCCUGGCUUGGCUCGUAGACACGGCUCUACGUACAAACAGGAAGUAUUUGAAAAAGGCGACAGUGAGCGUUGUACUUUCCGGGGACCAAGGGAUACUUCAGUGGUACAAAGACAUGGUAGACUUUUCUGCUGGAAGCAUGUUUGCAGCUCUGAAGAUUGUAUCAGACCCCCAAAACCAACCAGCUAUAGUCUGCUGCGCACAUGGGAAAGACAGGACAGCUAUCGUCACCGCCUUGGUACAAGGGAUGCUGGGAAGAAAGAAAGAUGACAUCAUUGAGGACUAUCACAAAUCUGAGGAAGGGUUGAAAUCAUUGUACCAGAAGAUGUACAAUGAUAUUUGUGAGACGUACGGAGUACCAGAGUCCUACCUUUAUGCCCGCAAGGAAACCAUGCAACAACUCCUACAGUACAUUGAUCAGAAGUAUGGCUCUGUGGAAUCCUACCUGCUGUCCAUCGGUUUCUCCAUGCAGGAUUUGGAUGAGAUGAGGAGAAAUAUGCAGGGAUAACAGACUGACUUUACUUUACCUCUUGAACAAUCAUGGAGAGGUCAAAUUUCCGAAAAUAAUUUCAUCUGAUUGGUGAAACAUAGGAUAUUGGGGGUUUUCAAUUUACAUACAUAUA